AUGGCGAGAAUUAAUGUUUACCUUUUUGCAUUUAUCUUGCUUUUGACUAUCAAACAAGAGUUUAGUUACGUUGAAGGCCGAACACUCGCGAAGUCAACCGUUGCGAAGGUUGAGGAAAUCGGCGCUGAUGGCUCUGUGCCGCUAUUACCAUCGGCUGAGCCACUCCAGCCAUCACCGAGCCACGGGGUUGGUACCUUCAGGCCCACUGUACCUGGAAAUAGCCCUGGUAUUGGACAUUCCGUACACAAUUAA